AUGGGAGUACUCACGAAGCUUUUGCAGUUAAUCUCAUUCAAUGGAGUGAUACUGCUAAUUGCGAUGGUGGCAGCAGCGGCAGCUCAAGCCAAGCCUGUCUGCGACAACAUGUGUGGGGGUGUAGAAAUUCCAUAUCCAUUUGGCUUGAGUACUAGUGAAGAAUGCUACUUGGGCAAGAACUUCAGUCUCAGUUGUAAUAGCCCUGAUCAUACUCCAAUUAUAGGCAGUGUCCGUGUCACAAACAUAUCCAUUAAGGCUCAUGAAAUGCAUGUCAUGGCAAGUGUAGCCCAAAACUGUUACCAUGCGAAUGGUUCCCCCGAAUCCAAUUCACCAACCCAGUUCUGGGCAGGAAUAUUCACCAUUUCUACAACAAAAAAUCAGUUCAUUGUUCUUGGCUGUGACACUACGGGCAUUAUUAGUGGAUUUAAAAACGGAACAAGCUACUCGACAGGGUGCAUAUCUCGAUGUAAUAAGCGUAGCGAUGCGAUCAACGGAUCUUGCUCUGGCGUUGGCUGUUGCAACAUAGGGUUUCCAGAUGGCUUAGAAUAUUAUGGAGUGAAACUUUCAAGCUCUGAAAAUCACACAAACGUAUGGAACUUCAAUCCUUGCAGCUAUGCUUUUGUUGUCCAAAAAGGAAACUUCAACUUCUCCACGGACUACCUUCAGAAAUGGCCACACGAAAGGCUUCCAAUAGUGCUUGAUUGGGCAAUUGGGAAUGAAACCUGCGACGAAGCUCGGAAAAAAGGGGAUUUCGCAUGUCAGGAUCAGAAUAGUGAAUGCCAUGAUCCAGAAACCAGGCGGGGGUACCAGUGCAAGUGCAAGGAGGGUUACCAAGGGAACCCUUACCUCCCUCACGGUUGCCAAGACAUUGACGAAUGUAAGGAUCAAACUCAUAAAUGUAGCAGAGCGGAAGGCUGUGUCAACACCGAAGGCAACUAUACAUGUCGUUGCCCCAAGUGGUACCGUGGGGACGGAACAAAAGAUGCUGAAGGCUGUGCUGCGGAUUUCGUCCUAAUUAUUCAGAUUGCCAUUUGUGCUGGAGUAGGCUUUAUUUGUAUGCUAGUGUUUACCUCUUGGUUGUACUUCGUAUACAAGAAAAGAAAGAUAAUGAAGCUGAGAGAAAAGUUCUUUCAACAGAAUGGAGGCUUGAUUUUAGAACAGCGACUCGGCAGACAAUUAGAAGGAUCUACAGAAACACUCAAAAUCUUUACCGUUGAACAGCUACAAAAGGCUACCAAAAACUAUGAUGAGAGUAGGAUAAUUGGCCGAGGAGGUUUUGGUACGGUUUACAAAGGUUUUUUAGCAGAUAAUAGGAUUGUUGCCAUCAAGAAGUCAAAGAUAGAGGAUGAAAACCAAAUUGAGCAAUUCAUCAACGAGGUGGUUGUGCUCUCCCAAAUUAAUCAUAGGCAUGUUGUCAAACUCUUGGGAUGUUGUUUAGAAACACAAGUUCCUUUGCUUGUCUAUGAAUUUGUCCCAAAUGGUACCCUUUUUCAGUAUAUUCAUCAGGAAAGCAAUGCGUCCGCAUUUCCUUGGGAAACCCGCUUGAGGAUAGUUGCAGAAACAGCUGAGGCACUAUGGUAUCUGCACUCUACAGCCUCAAUACCCAUAAUUCAUAGGGAUGUAAAAUCAACAAACAUACUGCUUGAUGAUGACUUCACUGCAAAAGUCUCCGACUUUGGAACUUCAAGAUUGGUUCCGAGAGAUCAAACCCAACUAGCCACUGUAGUGCAAGGAACUCUUGGAUACUUGGAUCCUGAAUACUUGCAAACAAACCAAUUGACAGAAAAAAGUGAUGUCUAUAGCUUUGGAGUGGUGCUCGUGGAGCUACUUACAGGAAAGGAAGCACUUUCAUUUGCUAGGUCCGAGGAGCAAAGAAGUCUGGCUAUGUAUUUCAUUUCUUCCAUAAAAGAGGAAAGAUUAUUUGAAAUUCUUGAAAAUGACAUAGUUGCAGAAGGAAAUAAGGAGCAAAUCCAACAAUUUGUGGAGCUUGCAAGGAGUUGCUUAGCAGUAAAAGGGGAUGAGAGGCCUACAAUGAGGGAAGUAGCAAUGGAAUUAGAAGGAAUAAGAAAGAUGCAGAAGCAUCCUUGGGUUAACUUGGAAGCAAAUUCGGAAGAGGUCGAACACUUGCUUGGUGAGACAUGAAUGACCAUGGAACAUACGCCUUGGGAGAUGGAAGA